AUGUUAUUUUCAUCAAGUAGAAAUAUUUCAAUUGGUGACUGGUAUUAUAUUGACUUUGAAUGUAUUUCAAACAAAACAGAACCAGUUAAUGUCACCUCAAUUAGGCCAACAUCGCCGCGUGUAGAAACGCGUGUUAGGCAUAAUAUUUGUGCUCAAUUUCGCGGAGGAGGAUUUGCUAUAGUUAAAUGCUGGCAUUGUUCUGAUCAAUUUUGUGCUGGUAGUCAAUUCUAUUCGGAUCCAGACAAAAUUUGGUGGCCUGAUCUUUGUGUAAAAUGUUUUCCAAAAGAGGGAACAACAAAUACUUCUCCAUUAAAUGAAGUAAUUAAAAUAACAACAAAACGCCCCUCCUUACCACAUCCGUCUAAUGAUAAUUUUUCCAUGUCUGAUACAAACUUGAAAAAUUGUUCACCAAAAUCAUCAUUGUAUCUCUACGGAGAUAUGGGCAAUACACACUUCCAUCCAUAUUCUCACUUCAGCAGCUCUUCAUCACACAAAAGCAAUUGUGGUAGUUCGACAAUUUCAUCCUUCUCAACAACACAUUCUAAAAAUACAAAUAUUAAUUUUAAUAAAUCAAAUGAAUCAAUUGUUAAAAAUAGAAGAUUUUCAAUUAGAGAACAGGAACGAAGAGAAAAAUUGGAACAACGCGAAAAGCUUGAUAAGCUUGCAAAAUUGCUAGAAAGUAGAGAAAAAGCUAGUUAUGAGGAAUUUAAGUCAUUAAGAAGUACAAAACCGCCAAAAUGUGGUAGUAGUCGCAGCAGUAUUUUUUCUAGUGGAUACCGUCAAUCUCAACAAGAGAAACAACUCAAUAAAAACAUUAAUAAUCAAACUAGUAGCCGAACAACAUAUACAGGUAAUACAACUACUUAUGGACAAUUUAUUCAUCAACAAAACAUUCCUCAAGAAAAACAACAAAACAUUCAUCAAAACAUUUAUUUAGAUAAUCAACAUAAACAACAAAACAUUGACAAAAACAUAGAAGAGAAUGUUUGUCAAAAUGUUCGUCAAAACAUCCAACAAAACAUUACGAACAAUGAACAAGAAUAUUUCCAUCAAAACAUUAAACAAAACAAACAACAAAACAUUAAUAAAAACAAAGAAGAAAAUGUUUUUAAAAACAAGCAACAAAACAAACAACCUAAACCAGUUAAUAAAUGUUUUAGUGUUCAAAAGAAAUUAAAUGUUGAGAAUAUAGAAAAUUCAACAACAACAAGUAGUAGUACUUUAAAAAUAAAUAAUGUUGUUGACGAACAACAAAACAACAACAACGAUGUUUAUUCAAGCAAUAAUAGUUUGUUGAAUGAAACAUUAGAAAUUAGAACGAGUGAAAGUUCGGAUGAUAAUAAUGAACAACAUAAGCAACAACAACCAUUUUUUGGUGAUAAUUUUAAUCAUCAAAAAGCAGAAAUUGAGAUAUUAGAUGAAAAUUUAAUUGCUGAAGAAUUUUCUUCAUUAAAAGUUUCUGAUACACAAACAACAAAACAACAAGUUGUAGAUGAAGGAGAGCCUGGAGGUUUUGGUUAUAGUAGACGUCGUCGUUUUGCUUUUGAAUUAAAAACAAAUUUGGAACAACAACAAAAAAUAAAAGAAGGCAAUCCUUUCCAAAAAUUUCAAUUUUCUUCUAAUAAAAAUGUUGGGAAAGAAAAUUUGCAAAAAAUAAGAGGAAAUAAAAUUGAGGGGGAAAAUAAUGAAGAUGAUUAUGUUAUUGACGAGGCUUUAAAUGCUGCAUUGUCGGAUGAGGAGAGAAAUGAAGGAGGGGAAGAAGAUAAAUAUAAUGAUGAAGAGGUAUUUGAAUAUGAUGAAGAGGGGGUAGAAGAAGUAGAAGAGGGAGAAGAAGAAGAAGAAGAGUAUGCUGAUUAUUCUAGUAAUGUAUCGGGGUAG